AUGGAAGAAACCCAAUUAAAGUGCUUAAUAGUUGGAGAGACACCAGCAGCACAAUUUUUAGGAUGGAGACUAAGUUUAAGUAAUUCCUUCAUAAUACUGGUCUCACAAUAUGUAUCCAGUGACGAACUAGUUGCCUGGAAAUCAACAAAGCUGGGCGCCAAUUUUUAUACUCCAAAUAUUUUCACCAAGGAUAUUAAAGAGCUUCCUAGUAAGUUAAAGGACAACGGUACGAAUAAAUACUCAAUUGACAUUGUAUUAGUGUCUGCAAUUUCCUUACAAGCUUUCGAAACAACCUGUCGAUUGCUUUCUGAUUUUACAAGUGACAAUACAACCGUACUGAUCAGUACAGAUUUUGGUUGUGAACUAGAACCUGUAGCUAUAAGCUAUUUCGGAGGUAAGUGCAAGUGUGUUCUUUCGAUUUCGUGCGAGGUCGAAUGCAGACAGUUAUCACUUGGGUCGUAUGCGUUGGUGAACGAUGAUCAGUGUAUAAUCACUUUGGGAUUGACUUAUUGCGAUGAUAAAUUUGGAGCAGACCCAACAAUUUUGGAAAACACGAAAGCAGCUUCGUUGGAAUUGCAAGGGACUGAUAACUCUAACGUUAGCAGAUUUCUUCUUGGUUUGACCGUUGCAAAAUGGAUGAAAUCUAAAUUGAUAUUGGAUCCAAAACAAAUGGCUUUGAAAAUGUGGGAAUUGAUUAUUCCUAAAAUCUCACUCAAUAUCCUUUCUAUCAUCUACGAACAAUUUGAUUAUGAAAAAAUGUUAGAAAACAAAUCUACAGAAAUCAUUUUCAAAGACCUAGUGAAAGAACUGUUCGGAAUUUGUUUUGCUCAAUGUGGGAAUAAAGUGACCAGGUUCUUGCAAGGAAAAGAAGAAAUUAAUUUUGGAAAAAUCGUAAGAUACUGUGAGAGCAAAAAACUGCAACUUAUCAAUUCUACUGCAAACGAACACCCAGAAUAUUUAUCUUUGCCCUUUGAGCCAUAUUGUUUUUAUCAUAGAUUUGAAUAUCCAGCCCAGAUUCUUCUUCAUCAGCCCAUUUCUUUGGCCAAAAAGUAUGGUGUUUCCUGCUCUAAUUUGAACUUUUUAUAUGGAUUUUAUACAAGGUUAUUGACACUGAGUGGCCUAUCAAUCAAUGGCGGUAGGUGUGAACACGCAUUGUCCAUGCUAGACAGCAGGAUUGGUGGUGGUAUGAAUGUUGGUUCAGGAAUUAAUAACGGACAAGAUUUUGUUGAUGGCGAUAACAAGAAUCAAGAUAAAGACAUUGAAAAAAUGGACAAGAAUACAAAAGAGGGCUCCUAUAUAAGCUUAACACAACGAUUUUCAAUGGCAAGUCCAUUGGGUGCUAGCGAUCCAGCUUUACCACCAGAUUUGGAAAAGUUAUACUUGGGUGCAGAGUAUAUUAGCAAUUGUGACACAAAUACAAAUGGCGGUCAACAACGAGUAAAAUCUUCAAAUAAAGUGUAUAUGGGUCAAGAUGAUAAACAUUUUCCAGGUGAUAUAAUAAAUACAUUUGAAGAUGAAUAUUUGGCCGAUGGAGACGACUUUUCCUGUCUUGGAAUUGACAAAAGAUUGUCAACAAAGACCACAAAGCCGUUAGAAAAAUUUGGAAUAGUUGCUGUGCCACAUUUUAUUAGGCGAUUUUCUAUUAAAAGAUCGAGUAAAGAUAAAUCAAAUGAUGUGAAAAGACCAUAUACUACAAGCAGUUUGGAGCUGCAAUUGAGGUCAAAUCAUUUCAUGUUCGCCAAAGAAUACCAAGAUUUACAUAGACAAUUAUAUUACGAAGUUGAACCAAAGACACAGUCAGAAUUGGACGCAAGACGUCGGAACUAUGCUGAACUAGAAUCCCAGAUGUGGAAAAUCAAACAUCGAUUCAAUAUUCAUAGGGGAGCACUACCACGCCCACAAACAAAUCCAUAUGAAGUAUUGUUGGAUCACAUUGACGUUUUAAACCGUGGAAACACUGGGGAUAUUUUGAGAUUUACCACAAGUAGAUACGGUGGUGUUGAUACGUAUGAUUCUAUCUUAAAAGAUCAAUCUACGAUUAUGACCCUUUUAAAUAAACGGUGUGCCUACUCACCUCCAGCACUAGUUGAUAGGCAAGGACAAGAACGUAUUCAUGAUCUCGAUCGUAAUCAGGAUCACGGCCACAACGCUGACCACCAGAGUCAUUAG